AUGCCCCUCAUCCCCACUACACCCACGCUCUCAGCUGCACACUGCUUAGUAAGGCCACCGAUACCGCAAAAGAUCCACUCGGCGCCCAACCUCCGUGAUGCCGACAAUUCUUCCUCCGCCGUGACCGUGACCGUGACCCGGCGAUCCGCCUCCGAGUCUCUUCAAGAUUCGACAACGGCGACUCCUCCGAUUGAGCUUGAGUUCCUUAAUUCCAGAUCAAAAACUUUGUCUCCACUACCGCCCAAUCCAUCGCGACCGACCCUAAGCUCCACCAACUCGUCCUCCUCGACAUCAGGUUCAUAUUUUACUGGUGACAAGCUGUCACGCCGACAGCGUAGCAAGCUUUCAGAAGAGAUCUGGAAGGGACAAGAAAAGUUCAAGCGCGGUGUUUGGGCUGUCGCCUUUGCAGCAUGCAUUUUUGCCGGCACCAUCACGGGCGCACAACUAAAGACAGAUAACGAGAAGAAAGAGGCAAUCCAGGAGUUCCGGGCGACAUCCCCCAACGAACAAAUAGCUGCUCUCCUAUCCCAACGAAAAACUUUAUUAUCACAAAAGGCUGUCCUCCAAAGGAAAAUAGAUGACUUCGAAGUGCGUGUUAAGGAACGCGAGGCUGAGAAGGCAAGAGAAAAGGAAGGCCCAUGA